UGUUCUUCCUCUGCUGUCAAUUCUUACCAUUUUCGCAUUUGGAGAAGGUAUUCUUUCGCGCGAAGGCUGCAAAGUAGACAAGAAGCUGCAGAAACUGCCUCCCUCCUCGGCUCAGUGAGAGAGGGAGAGUUUUGAACGGAUAGCGGCUGUGGAGAAAUACAGAAGACUACAGUAGAUAAACCCGCGGCAGAGGGUAAUCAGCAGCUUAUUUACCACACCUGUGAUGCGUUGUUCAGAGCAACGAGGACGCACCACCAGGAUGGCUACGAUACGGAGGGAGGAUAUGUGUUGAGGAAAAGACUUGGGCGUUGUGAACAAGGCUUUAAGAACUACAGAGGACUCUCUCCGGACGUUAAAAAGCCCAGUGUACUGGUGUUUCUUCUCAGCUCCCUGCUCUUUUAAACUUAAGCGAUACAAAAACACCAAGAUGCCCUUACUUCUGGGCCCCUUUGUCCGCUGUAGGUUCAGCGCCACGCUCCGUGUGCUCUGGCUCGUCUUCGCUGGCUUUACCUGCACUGGCUCCGAGCACGCCACAGCAACACUCCCCGCCGCCUUCAAUGACCUGCUACCUCACUUCCUGGUGGAGCCAGAGGACAAUUUCAUCGUGAAGAACAAGCCGGUGACUCUGACCUGCCGCUCCACCCCAGCCACGCAGAUCUACUUCAAGUGCAACGGGGAGUGGGUGCACCAGGACGACCACUUGAUCGAGCGGACUAUCGACCCAGCCACAGCGCUGCCAAUCAUGCAGGUGACAAUUGACAUAACCAGACAGCAGGUGGAGAAGAUCUUCGGUCUGGAUGAGUACUGGUGUCAGUGCGUCGCCUGGAGCACCACCGGAACGCAGAAGAGCCAAAAAGCGUACAUCAGGAUUGCUUACCUGAGAAAGAACUUUGAGGAGGAGCCGCAGGGUAAAGAGGUUGCAUUGGACCAGGAGGUGUUACUGCGCUGCCAUCCCCCCGAGGGAGUGCCACAAGCCGAGGUGGAGUGGCAGAGAAACGAGGAUGUGAUCAACCCAGGGAGCGACCUCAAUUUUUUCAUGACAACUGACCAUAGUCUCGUCAUCAAAAAAGCCCGGCUGGGGGACACGGGGAACUACACAUGUGUGGCCAAAAACAUUGUCGCUCGCCGCAAAAGCAACUCUGCCACGGUCCUAGUCUAUGUCAACGGCGGCUGGUCCACGUGGACCACCUGGUCGUCCUGCAGUGCUGUGUGUGGGCGCGGCUGGCAGAAGAGGAGUCGGAGCUGCACCAACCCCACGCCACUGAAUGGAGGCACUUCCUGUGAGGGGCAGAACGUCCAGAAAAGUGCCUGUGUGGCCACCUGUCCAGUGGACGGAGGCUGGAGCGAGUGGAGCAAGUGGUCGGCGUGUGGAGCGGACUGUUCGAUGUGGAGGAGCAGAGAGUGCUCCCAGCCCUCACCUGGCACCAGGGGCAAAGACUGCCAGGGGCUCGACCUCCAGUCUCUCAACUGUACCAGCGAGCAGUGCCCACAGACGGUGAGCGGGGCCGAGGACGUGGCGCUCUACGUGGGCAUGGUGGCGGUGGCUCUGUGUCUGACUCUGCUGCUCAUCGUGGUGGUCCUGGUGUACCGGCGCAAGAAGGAGGACCUGGACUCCGAUGUCGCCGACUCCUCCAUCCUCACCACUGGCUUCCAGCCCAUGGGCAUCAAGCCCAGCAAGCCAGGUGUGUGGGCACCGCGGCCACGCAGGCCUCCCCCCCACAGCAAGAAUUCCCAUUUGCUCACCAUCCAGCCUGAUCUAACCACAACCACCACAAGUUACCAAGGCACCCUACGCUCUCGCCCUCACACCACGGGGAAGUUUUCAAUGACCAAUGGGCCUCUGCUAGACCCGCUACCAAACGGCUCGCACACGCUGCACAACGGCAAGCUCAACUCUGACCCUGCUGAGUUUGUCAGCAGGCUGUCCACUCAGACCUACUUUAAAACGCUGCCCCGUGAUGUAGCUAACACCUCCUAUGGGACCUUCAAUUUCCUGGGAGGCAGGCUGACCAUCCCCAGCACAGGAAUCAGUCUGCUCAUUCCUCCCGAGGCCAUCCCCAGAGGAAAGAUCUAUGAGAUUUAUCUCACUGUUCAGAGGAAGGAAGAUUUAAGGUUGCCCCUGGCCGGCUGCCAGACCCUGCUCAGCCCUGUGGUGAGUUGUGGGCCUCCGGGGGUGGUCCUGAGCCGGCCGGUUAUCCUCAGCAUGGACCACUGCUCUGACGCAUGCCUCGAUAACUGGGCCGUCCGUCUCAAGAAGCAGAACUAUGAGGGCACUUGGGAGGACGUCCUGCUGAUGGGAGAGGAGCUUGUGUCAGAGCCCUAUUACUGCCAGCUCGAGGCCGAGACGUGUCGGCUCUUCACGGAGCAUCUGGGCACCCUCGCCCUGGUGGGGGAGUCCCUGCACAUGGGGGCUGCCAAGCGCCUGAGGCUGGUGCUCUUCUCGGAUGCUUACUGCUCCACACUGGAGUACAACAUCAGGGUCUACUGCAUGGACGACACACAAGACGUCUUCAAGGAGGUGAUGCAGAUGGAGCGGCAGCUCGGGGGUCGGCUGAUUGACGAGCCACACAUCCUGCUUUUCAAAGACAGCUACCACAACCUGCGCCUGUCCAUCCACGACAUGCCCCAGGCGCACUGGAGGAGCAAGCUGCUCGCCGGCUACCAGGAGAUCCCCUUCUACCACAUCUGGAACGGCUCCCAGCGGUACCUGCACUGCACGUUCACUCUGGAGCGGCUCAGCCUCAGCACCUGCGAGCUCACCUGCCAGCUGUGCGUCUGGCAGGUGGAGGGGGAGGGGCAGAGCUUCAGCCUCGACUUCAACAUUGCCAAGGACACCCGAGCUGUGGACGCAGAGUUCCUGCUAAUGGACAUUAGCGCCUCAGCUCUAGCGGGGCCCAGCGCCUUUCAGAUCCCGUACCUCAUCAGGCAGAAGAUCUGCAGCAGCCUGGACGCCCCCUGUCCCAACGGAGCCGACUGGAGAAUGCUAGCACAAAGACUUAAACUUGAGAGACACAUGAGUUUCUUUGCAUCCAAAGCGAGCCCCACCUCUCUGAUCCUGGACCUGUGGGAGGCGCAGCAUUUCCACAGCGGCAACAUCAACCAGCUGGCCACGGUCAUGGCUGACAUUGGCAAACAAGAAGCCAUGAUAUUCCUGGUCUCUGAUGGCGAGUGCUAACCCAGAAAAGGGGAGAGACUGGUGCCGAGGAAAAGUACAGAACACACACCGAAAAACAAGAAAUACGGCAGCAGGAAUCCAAGAGCAGAGCUGUCCCCAAGUCCCUCUUCUUCACUUCAGAAGAUUACUUUCUGUAGGAUUCAGUCCCAACAUCCCAUCCAACAGAGUCAGAAUCUUUCAAUGAAAAACCAAAUGAGAGUUUGGGUGUGUGGGGGAAAUGUAUUAUUGAGAUAAAAGAAAAUACGUGUCAUUUUCCAUCAAAAUGUUAAGUUAAGUUGGUCCACUUUUACGUCAAAGAACUAAUUAAAUGAUCUUCAUGCCUUUUUAUAUUAACAAAUAGGCCAUUUAUGGCUAAUAAGGAGCAAUAUGCAAACGUAACGAUGAUGGCCAAUAUUUAAAAUUCAAUGAAUACACGUAAAAGGAAAUGGAGGUCACAUAAGGAGCCAGUCAUUUCAGGUUAAAGAGAACAGGGCGAAAUAUGCAAUUGGCAUGUUGGUUAUAUGACAUAAUCUCAGACAUUAAACAUAUGUCCAUCAUUAGGGUCUGUGAGCGUCCCCUCGCCAACCCCUGUGAUAAUAUACAGGCGUGUCUUUAUUGUUUCCUUAAACACAGAGAGCUUGUAGCACAUCCUGGAUCUAAAGGUUGAAAAUAGAUUGUAUGUCAGAGGCCCAAAAAACCAUCUCAUCGUGUUUGUGUUUUAGUCCGGCCGCUAUCACUGCUGUGAAUGUAACAUCUUGACAUCUUGAUUCAGAGAGACGCUUCACAGCCUCCUGCUUCUAAAUCAAUAUUUGUGGGUUUAGGUUCUUUGAACUUUUUUGGAGGGAGGAGUGAGUAAUAUCUUCACUCAAGUUAUAUUUCAGAAGCCAUAUCCUUCUGAAGCCUGUGGUUUUGAUUCGUCCACUGUACUUCACGUCUCCUAUUCUCCCAAUCGCUCAUAGUGGCGUUUCCUUUGUUUGAAAUUCCACUGCUAAUGAAGGAGCCAUAGGGCCGAAAGGCAUUUCUAGCUGCAUAUAUGUGAACACUGAAUGUCGUAAAAUGUAAUUUCUGAAAAUACAUUUUGCCCCCGAUUACGUUAAUUCUGUAGCAGAGAUGACGUUAAUGGCCCAAAGGGAUAUUAUCCCAUAAAAAUGAUGCGGAACACUUUCCACAUAAAAUAUCUGAGAACGCAUUUCUUCACCAGAUUACAAGAGUAGUUGUUUUGUUCAUAAUUCAUUAGGCAAUGUUGGUAGAAGUUCUAUCAUUAUUAUUAGCUGUGUGGCAAACAGUAUUUCCACAUCAAAGAAAGGCCUGUCUCUGUGGGAAAGUUAAGAGUGGCUUAUUCAUAAUGUCACACAUCUGUUCACAAAAAAUGCUUUGAAAGGGUCUUUCCUUUUGUGAUUUCUAGCCAGUGUGGCAAAAAAAUGAUCCGGCAGAUUCAUAAACUGCAACCACGCAUUUGCUUAUUAUAUUUUGCUACUUUGCAUUAAUUUUACAGUUAUUUAUUUGUUGUAUUAAUGGAUUUGUCAAGGUCUGGCAACAUUAAUACACAGAGUAUCUUUAAAGUCCACUGUUUUAGUAAUAAAGCUUUGAAAAGGUGUGAGCAAUCCCAAUUAGCCAUAGUCCUCUCUGGGUCUGCCUCAGGGUUGCAUGUGAAGUUGUUGAAGCUAUAGAGAGCCCGUUUGAUUUCAUCCUAAGCUCCUGUGGCUUCAACCUUUAACACUAACUGGAGCCCUCUUUAUGAUUGUCAGAUAUCUGGAAUGUACAUUUAUGUUUCCUUGUAGUGGGGAAAAGUAUGUUUUUAUUUUCCUUUUUGAAAUCUUUGUUUUAGUGUGUGGCAUCUCAGCACCUGUUGGCCCCUGUCAUCCUAACAAACACGCCUCCUAUUAACCAACACGUUUUUACAAGCCCCUGUACAAUUGGAUGCAGAGAUGCCAUCAAAUAAUAACUUUUUUUAUUAACUUAAAGAAAACCUUGGAUCAAGCCCCUUUCUGAUAAAAUGGCGAUAUCACCUUAAAUAAAUCUUUUCAUGUUGAAAUGGAUCGUCGUCACAUGUAAUAUGUAAAUACUUUUUCUAUACCAGCCGUGUGCUGUCACUUUGCAUACUGUAUAUCAGCAGAAUUGGUAACCAAAGUUUUAUGAGUAUCAUUUCAGGCCACUACAUCCUCACGUCGUAUCCAUUGCAUAUCGUUUCAGCGUUGUUUUACUCUCAGAAUAGAAUAGAAGAAGUCAGUUGCUGUCUCUAAAGUGCGGGCUUAAAGUCCUAAUCCUUUCUUUAUCUCAUUUCCUCGCUUUUGUCUUUGAGGCAAGUAAAUGCUGUUCGUUCAAGCGGUAAUAUGUGUCAGUUUAUUUUGUCACUUUGUAAAGAAAUGUAAAUUAUAUUUUAAUAUGAAGCCAAAAAAAGACACUUAACUGGCGCAGCAUUUGUCAAGUCUAAACCGUGACGUGUUUGCCUAUAUACUGUUCUUUGGCGAUCUAGCAGUGAAGACUUUUUGCAGUGUUAAGGGUUUAGAGACUGUUUUACAGGAAGUUUCUCUACAUAUUUUGUUCGUCCUUAAUCUGCAUAUGUCUAGCUGAUUAUUUCUCUAACUGUAAGCAUUUAAAUACAAGGUGGAAAUAGUCCCUAAUGCUGAGUGAUCACUACACUGGAACUGUGUGGAGGCUGCUUUGGGGGACAUCAGUUCCAGGACACUGACAAGCCCGUGUUGACACAGCACGUUUAGAUGAGCCAUGGCAGUUGUACAGUCAGACUGUGUGUGUGUGUUUGCGUGUGUGUGAACCUGUAUCACCCCUGUCAUUGUGUUGUCGAAGCACAUUUCCGUAUUGUAAUUCACCAGCCGCCAUGUUCAGCAACUAUCUUCACAUCUAACUUGUCCAACAUAUCUAAAAUGACUGAGCGUGUGAUGAAUACAGCUCCCGUCCUGAUGGAGUCUGGACCUGAGGGUGGUGUAAGAUGUGUCAGUAACAGUAGGGCCUGGCUCAUUUCCUUCAAAGUUUUGGGGAAAUUGUUACAUCUCACAAUUGUACUUUUUGUGUCACUCAUUACUGCUAAGUGUCAAGGAUGUUAGUGUGUGUGAUUGGGUGUGUGCAUCCCCCCCCCCCCUCCCCCCUCGUCACUGACUGAACAAUAGACUUCUGUACUUGUGGAUGGUUUUUCUAUUUAGUUCCUUGAUUCAAUGUUCCUUGCCUUUCUGCAAGUCAAAAAUGCUGUAUUUAUUACAUGCCACAGCGCUUAUGCAAUUGUAUAAUCUUUUAGUUUUGUUCGUUAUUUUUUUUACCUUUUGUGUUCCUUAUCGUCAAUGUAAAUUGUUGUCAAAACUUUUGUGGCAAUGGAGGAUCUUCUGCUAAAGGAGAUUUUCUGUACUUUUUGGACAAUGAUAUGGAUUUGUGGGUAGAAUUUUGGAAAUUCGUUUCUAAGUGCUUUCAAGUAUUUACUUGGCCUUAUGUAUAUAUAUCUAUCUAU